CAAGUGAAUGGAUCAUUUAAUUCUCUUUAAAAAAUAUGUUUAGAUAUGAUUACGGCUCGCAUGGAGGUGCAGUGUCUUCAAAUGUGGGGGCGAGGUCGAAAUUUAAAUGUUGCAAAAUAACACAAUAUUGACAGUCACGAUUCUUUUUUCCGUAGUGAUGAGCGAGUUUUUCAGCGGUUUCUUUUGUUUUCAUGCACCUUAACAUUAACAUGGAAUCAAACACAACAACCCGACAUGGAUGCAUGGGUAUUCCAAACCACGACUAAAAUCUCACAGAACCGUCACUACAUAAACCACAACAAAACAUGAGCAGGGGCUUGAUUUGAAUGGAUAUUCAUCUUUAUUGACACAGACAAAAUGAUCAUGCUUUUUAUUUACCCAUCAUGAAUAUUUCUGCCUGCUCGUUUUGCAGCUUUUCACUUCAGACCUCAUUCACACUUUUAAAUCCUAUUCUUUACUUGAUGUAUGUAUGCAUUUAUAUAUGACGAUGAAAGAACAAGAUGCUGCAGGACGUAGCAAACUUUCGACCUUUCAUCUACAUGUAUAGUGACAUUUCACCUACAUAACACGUGGAUCUAUUCAUAAAAGUAAACAGGGAACAACUCAAGUCGCUUCAUUCUGUGAAACAAAACAAUCUGAUCAAGACUCAACUGCAUUUCGUCAAGAUGGCAUCCUUGCGAAUCAUUCAAAGUGUGGUCUUCAUGGUGAUAAUGGUAGCUCGCAGAGGAUUUGCUGAUGAUCCCAUGGUAACGGUACAACAAGGAACCUUAGUCGGGAAAACGGUGACGUUCGAUGAAAACAAAUUCAUCAAUGUAUCAAAACAAAUCGAUUUGUUUCUGGGAGUUCCAUUUGCCGAACCACCUCGUCGUUUUGAACCUCCUCGUCGGAAAGAAAAUUGGUCAGAUGUAUGGAACGCCACUUCUUUUAAAUCAUCGUGUUUUCAGAAUCCACAUCCAAUUAACACACCACCAAGUGAGGACUGCCUAUAUCUAAAUGUCUACGCUCCACAUCCGACGCCUACCAAAGCUGCGGUGAUGGUGUGGAUACAUGGAGGAUCGUUUAAUGAUGGCUCAGCGAUGUCAUAUGAUUACUAUGGGGUACCAUUGGUGGCAGUCGGUGACGUAAUUGUAGUUUCAAUAAACUACAGGGUGAAUAUAUUUUCGAGAUUAUCAACAGGAGACGAUGCCGCAAAGGGUAAUUUCGGAUUGUUGGACCAGGUUGCUGCUUUACAGUGGGUACAUGACAAUAUCCAAGCUUUUGGGGGUGAUGAAAACAAGGUGACAAUUUUCGGAGAGAGUGCAGGUUCAGCUAGUGUUAAUUUUCAUAUGCUUUCCCCACUAAGCAGAGGUCUCUUUCAUCAGGCAAUCAUGCAGAGUGGUACUGCUCUGGCACCGUGGGCCUUUGAGCAACACCCUGAAAAUGAUCGUCAAAAGGCUGAGAAACUUGGUGUUGAGAUGGGAUGUGAAGACGUCGCUGAUUCCACUCAUUUAGUUGAAUGCCUGAGAAAUCAAGACGCCAAUGAGUUGAUGACUACAGCUAUCAGGGUUUAUGGCAGCUAUCAGGUCACGUUAGACGGGGUAUUUAUGAAAGAUACACCGUCUAACCUAUACAGGAGAGGGGAAUUCGCUCAUGUACCUAUCCUAGCAGGAUUUAAUAAAGACGAAGGAACUUUCGUCGUCGUAUUCACUCCUCCAAGUUUCCAUGGAACCCCCAAUCCCCCUCCAUUACCUCGGGUACUAUUCGAUGGUCUGGUGAAAGACAGUGUUUCUGUUUACGGUGAUGAUGAACUUUUGGAAGAAGCUGUUUUCCAACAGUAUGUCGACUGGACGACGUAUGAUCAGGACAAUGUGAAUUAUUUCACUCCAAUUGUUGAUGUUAUUAGCGACAGUUUCUUUGGAUGUCCAACGGAUGCCGUCGUGAGGUACCAUGCUGAAGCAGGGGAUGAGGUCUUCAAGUAUUUUCUGACGCAUGCCCCAUCAGCUACGAGCUAUUUCCAAAUAGGAGACACGAUCCCAUUUACACCUUGGUUGGGAGCGACCCACGGCGAAGAUUUGAUGUUCGUCUUCGGGAUGCCAUUCAUUGAACAACUUGCAGACAUCCAUGGUCACAACAUGACUGACUCCGAGAAAGCUAUGUCAGUCCAGGUCAUGCGAUAUUGGACGAACUUCGCUAAAUUUGGAAAUCCAAAUUCACUAAAUAAAGCUUCUGACUCAGAACAGAACUUCGAUAGUUGGCCACAAUACACGAUACCGGAACUGCGUCAUAAAGAACUUUCCCCGAUAUUCAAAGAUGGUCGAGCCGUGAAAGCUAGACAAUGCCAGCUGUGGAAUGAAUAUUUAUACGAUCUUGCUGCAGUUACAGGUAGUAUUGAUGAUUAUGAGAAGGAAUGGCGGGAGGGUUACACUAGCUGGACGAACUACAUGGAACUAUGGAGCGACGAAUUCGAAGCGUAUCAGGAGAACACGCCAUGCAAUAAAUGAGGAUUUAUUCUUUAUGUAUUUAUUCCAACCAAAAAGAUGCAAUGACCCUCUGAAAAAAAUGUCCCUGGCUCAACAAAUAAGACUGGUAGAUGUCACGAAUCGAUUAUACUUGACUGGUGACCAUAAUUAUGAUGACUAUAACAAUGGUAAAGAAUUUCCUUUAUGAACAAUAAAGUUAUUUACUUCAAUUCAAUCCCGAUACCAAUGACGGUAAUAAUAAUGAUGCUGAAUAUUAAUGAUAUCGACAAAAAGAAAAUGGCGGUGAAGAGAGCUAGUGUUAAGGAGAUGAUGGUUAAGAGGUUGAGAAAGUAUCAACACAAAUAUUGAUUGAUAAUAA